AUGACAGCUAUCAGCCUUCAUGAGGUGCUCUUUGUGGAUCAGGUCAGGAAGUCACCGGUAUCUUGUAUUUUCCGCACGAUAUGGUGCGGGAGAGAUUGUGUCUUGAAAAUGUAUCACUCUCCACAGCCAUUACCUAUCGGACGUCGACCUCGCCCACGAAAUCGCGAGACCAAUCCAUUCGAGUGCGAGAGCACAGCCUUGAUGCGACUACGAGAACAUGGCUUCUGUAACCGAGGAGAUAUCCCAGAUUUCUAUGGUCUAAUCGAACACAUAAACCCAGUUCAACAUCUACCACAUCUUCAAGACUUCAUCGAGGAUACCUUGUUUGUGAACGCAGUUUUAAUGGAGUAUAUACCAGAUGUUCACCCAAUUGAUCUAUCGAAUUACUCCGCAAAACGGCUCCACAAGCUCCGGCAGAUACUGUUUGAGAUUCACCGUGCUGGCGUUUACCAUGGGGAUCCGUAUCCUCGCAACAUGAUGGUUCAGGUGAAAUCUGAUAGAGUAUUAUGAAUGGAUUUCAACCGCGCACAGACAUUCAAGUCCGAGUCGAUUAAACAAUCUCACCUGGAUUGGUUGGAACGUGAACAAAGAAUGAUGGAUGAGUUUGUUGAUGGCCUGGUUAGUCUCCGAUGCGAAGCCCUUCUCCUUUUCUUAUCAAAGCCUAACCCAACGACGGUGCAGACAGCCGAUGCUAAGCUUGGGAGGAUUCAUGAGGCCUGGAUUUGCUACUAUGAGUAUGUAAAUCAAUACCUCGGUAGUAUAUCCAACGGACUAAUAUAUCGCAACAGAAGCUUCAGACCCCCACGAAAUGAAGGGAAGGAAGUGUUGUAAAACAAAACAUAAGGGGGCUAUAGCGACUGCACGGGCUAGAAGGCUCGAAGUCACUGCUUGAACAAGUU